AGAAGUCAGUGAUAUGGCAAACCAACUGUGUGUGUGUGUAUGAGAGGGAGGGAGAGAGUCCACCAGUCAGCUCAGAGGGGUUAAUCUCUCUCCCUCUGUCUGUCUCUCUCUCUCUCUCUCUCUACCUCGAUCUCUCCCUCCCUCCCUCUGUUGCCUUUUGUUGCGGCCCCUCACUUUCUCAACAGUUGGACAGAGGGAACUGAUACUGUGCCUGUGUGUUUGUGUAUGUGUGUGUAGUUUGGUUGUCCUCCUCAUCGCGCUCGAUCUCUCUGGACUGAACUGUACGUGGACAUGACUGAUGGGACAUCCUAACACACUCCUCAUGCUGGAUGUUCACACCACAGUCUGUCUACCAACAACACCAGCGGAUCCCUCCAUCACCUCCCGUCAGGGUUUUCGCUCUCUCGGAUGCACGCGGACUUGUUUAGCGCACCAAAAUCCACUCGAUAUUAGCUGGAUUAUCUUCAAGUGUUUGGGCUCAGACUGCGUCGACAGGCUGAUAGGUGUUAACGGGUCCUGUCUUUUAAGAUGGAAUCAGCAGCUCUGGGAACAUCAUAAAGACAAACAGACAGGACAACAUAUUUCAUACAGUGGCAGAUUCCUCGGUGGCAGUGCCGGUGUCGUGUGCGGCCUUGUUUCCCAUGGACCUCAGGGUGGGAGAGCGGGGGAUGCGCCCUGGUUCAGACACGGCGCUCCUCACCCCGCUGCACCCGCCUUUGCUCCUCACCCAGUUCUCCCCUCAGCCCUGCACCUCCUUCUCCCAACAGCAACUGCACCAACAAAUCAGGUUUAAUGUGGAGCAGAGGAGGCGAGAGCAGGAGCACCAUGAGAAACAACAGGAGUUGCAGCAGCUGAAACACAAAGACAAGAGUCAGCAAAGUGCAGUGGCCAGUUCCCUGGUGAAACAGAAACUCCAGGAGGUGAUUCUUAAGAAGCGGAAACAGGCGGCGCAGGAGAGAAUAAACUCCAACACUCUGACUGCAGCUCCUGUAGCGUACAGAAAGCUUGGCCCAGACCCAGGUGUAUCCUCCCAGCCUCUGGUCUCAUCUCCGUCACAGCCUUCCCCUGAGGGUUCAGAGGGGACGCCGUUACGCAGAGCAGCAUCUGAGCCCAAUCUGAAGGUGAAACACAAGCUGAAGAAACACCUAAACACCCGCAAGAGCCCACUCACCCGUAAAGAGAGUGCCCCGCCCACCGUCAAACACAGAGUACCUGACACACUGGACUCGUCUCCCAGCAGCAGUAGCACCCCAGUCUCUGGCUGUAGUUCUCCUAAUGACAGUCUGCCCAAUGAGAAUGGGCUACUGCCAUCUGCAGGCGGCCUCUCACAUGAGGCCCAGAAGCUGCUGCUCAGAGAUGGCACUCUAGCUAACUUCACCAUUCAGAGUCCCUCCACUCUGCCCACCAUCACACUGGGACUACCAGCCAAUGCCAGGGCUGAAGGAGAGCUGUCCUCUCUGAAGAUGGGCCGGGUGCCUGUGGUUACAGCCGGGGGCUCGUCGGUCUUCCUCCCCCUGAGCAGAGAGGAUCAGGCUGCCCACCCUCACCUGCCUGUCAUCAUCCUGGAGCCCUCUGGACUGGUACACACUCCGCUGCUCACUGUUCCAGGCCUAGACUCUGUCCCGCUGCAGUUUGCCACCCAGUUGGACCAUCUGUCUCCAGGAGGUGCUCAGCCCCACAAGCCCUUGAGCAGAACACGCUCAGAACCCCUUCCCCAAAGCCCAAGGACCCUUCACACACAUCUCCUCCAACAACAGCACAACACACAACUACUGGAGAGGCUCAAACAGCAGACCCACCUAGGGAAGCUGAUGUCUAAGUCCAGCGAGAAGCCCAGACUGCAUCAGAUCCCCUCUGAGGAUAUGGACUCAGAGGAUGGUGGUGGGAUGUCACCCACAGAGCCGACCUAUCAGAGCAGAGUGAGGGCAGAGUCACUGAGGGAGGCGGAGCCAGCAGCAUCCAAGAGCCACGAAGAGCAAAUAAACCUGCAACAUGCACUCAUACUCAACCAGUCAUUGUUAUGGGAACAGCAGAAGCAGCUGCAGCAGCUGCAUCGACAGAUGGAGACCCUGGCAGUACCCAUGUUAUGUGGCAGCGGCAGUGGAGGGGUUGGUAGCGGGUUGGGUGUCCAUCGCCCACUAUCACGUACGCAGUCAUCCCCAGCCUCCACUUCUCUCACUCUGCCUGAGAAGACCCUGAGCCUGGCCCCACAGGAUACCAGCAGCAAACCACGCUUCACCACAGGCCUGGUGUAUGACUCUCAAAUGCUGAAGCAUCAGUGUACAUGUGGAGACAACAGCAGUCACCCAGAGCAUGCUGGGAGGAUACAGAGCAUCUGGUCUCGACUACAGGAGAGAGGCCUGAGGGGACAGUGUGAGAGUAUUCGUGGUCGUAAGGCCACUCUGGAGGAGCUGCAGUCAGUCCACACAGAGCGCCAUGUGUUGCUUUAUGGCACCAACCCACUCAACAGACUCAAACUGGAUAACCGCAAACUGGCCGGAAUCCUCUCUCAGAGAAUGUUUGUGAUGUUGCCAUGUGGAGGAGUGGGGGUUGAUAAUGACACAAUCUGGAAUGAGUCACACACCUCUACAGCAUCACGCAUGGCGGCAGGCAGCGUUGUUGAGCUGGCCUUCAGAGUGGCCAAAGGAGAACUGAAGAAUGGCUUUGCUGUGGUCAGACCGCCAGGGCAUCAUGCAGAAACCUCCAAUCCAAUGGGUUUUUGUUACUUCAAUUCAGUGGCUAUAGCGGCUAAGCAGCUCCAACACAAGCUCAGCGUCAGCAAGAUCCUCAUUGUUGAUUGGGAUGUUCAUCAUGGUAACGGCACCCAGGAAGUGUUCUACAGCGACCCCAGUAUUCUCUACAUCUCACUUCAUCGCUAUGACGACGGGAACUUCUUCCCUGGCAGUGGGUCGCCAGAUGAGGUCGGUGCUUUAGCAGGUGAAGGCUUCAACGUCAAUAUAGCAUGGACAGGAGGACUGGACCCACCCAUGGGAGAUGCUGAGUACAUUGCUGCAUUCAGGUCUGUGGUGAUGCCCAUCGCCCAAGAGUUCUCCCCAGACGUCGUUCUGGUGUCGGCUGGAUUUGAUGCUGCUGAGGGCAACCCAGCUCCCCUGGGAGGGUACAAGGUCUCUGCCAAAUGUUUCAGCUUCCUGACUCGCCAGCUGAUGUCUCUAGCAGGGGGUCGUCUGGUUUUGGCCCUUGAGGGAGGUCAUGACCUUACAGCUAUCUGCGAUGCAUCUGAAGCCUGCGUCAGUGCACUCCUGGGCAUACAGGACCCACUGCCAGAAGAAGUCCUUCUUCAGAAGCCCAAUGCUAAUGCAGUCCAUUCCCUGCAGACUGUCAUACAGAUACAAAGUCAGUACUGGCAGAGUGUGAAGGCUCACAGUGGAUCAGUGGGUCUGUCCUACCUGGCUGCUCAGGCAAGAGACUGUGAGGAAACAGAUGCUGUCAAUGCUUUGGCCUCGCUCUCUGUGGGAGUCCUUUCCAACAAGAGCCUCCCUGAUGAGCCAAUGGAGCAUGACAGUGACUCCAUGUAGAGAGAAUCCGACCAAUCACCUCACAGAAAUCACUUUCAGGAAUUGGGCCCAACCUGUAGCCUUGGAUCUCGUGCGCUGUCACAUUACCAUGAAGGGGAUGCGUUUGUAAUGCCACCGAGCCCCACCCAUCUGCCUUAUUCACACACACAUGCACAUCCGCCAACCCACAAUGCUGAACCUCUACAGACCUGCCGUAUGAGCACCUCAAUGCUGGUAACCACUCAGCUGAAGCCAGCAGCACUACCUGCAGCUGGGAAACCUUCUGAAACCUCACCAAAGAGCAAUACAAGAAGAUUUUUAAUAGACUUUUCAUGUCUCCUGACUGACAUUGGAUUGUUUGUAUGUUCAGAGGUCCAGAUCCACAGCCCUGUGACCACAAACCUUGUAGGAACAGACAGAAUUCAGAGUCCAGCUCUGAUUAUUCUUGAAGCACUAUGUACCAGCAGCUGUUUUGUUGCCUUAAUUUUGCCUUAAUGAAUGGACCAACAUCUGGUUUCCAACUUUGGAUUAUGAAUUCUUUUCUCUUGUGCCACUUUGCUUCCCAUAUCAAAGUUGAAGCAAAUGGGAAACUACAUUGCUGAAGCAGAAUGAACCUACUGUAUGACGUCAGGCGAAAGCAUAUACUGUUCACACAUGCCUGAUGGAUAAGAUGCAAAAAAUAUCAACAAAGAAGAAGUGGCCACAUUAAAAAGAAAGAAUAUGGAAAAGACGACACAGAGAUUGUCUGUUUUGAUGAUGUCAUUACAUGCAGUUUAACCACUAAAAGAAGACAACAAAGAACUCAAGGGAAAGAGAGAAAAUGAAGACACAAAAUGGACAACUGUGGUUUUGUAGAAACAAAGAAAGGGCAAAAGUCCUUGUUGUUUAAUUGCACUGUUCAUUCCAUAAUGUGAACCAUAAGAAAUUCCAAAGCUCUGGGAAAAGAAAAAACAGCUCCUCUCUCUAGGUUAUUUAAUAGUUUUUCUUUUGAAGAUUUGGAUGAAAUGGUGUUUGCUAUAUUUUUUCCCACUCUUCAUGAGAUGUCUUAUGAAGUUUCGGACUCGUUCUAAGGACACGUAUUGGCCGAAAUACUGUACAGUUGUAUUUCCUAUGAAGUUGAUCUGAAAGUAGGCAAGAUUUUUAAGAGCAGGAUUAUUUUUCACUCCUGUUCAGUGUCUUAGAUGCACACACACAUACACAUAUACAUACCUACAUACACAUGUACAAAACAAUGAUGAACUAUUGAUGUACCACUAGUAUUGAAUACUGUAUAUUAUUGUUUAUAUUUGAGACUAAAUGAGCAUUCAUUCCACCGUGGCACCACUGAGGACCAUUGCAUUGUUCUAUAGUGGCAAUAAUGUUAAAUGCACUUAAUGGACAUCACCCAAAGAAAACUGCCUUAAAACAGCCUGCACUUGGGACUGUAUGCAAGCAACACGAGGGACCAGUAUGGAUACUGCUCUAACAGUGACUCUACUUUUCAAAGACGACAUUUGAACCUGUGGAUUUAGGUGAAACAUCAUAUAUGCAGACUUUUGACCUUUUAUUCUGUUUGAUGAUGAGUACAGUGAACUGGCCUGGUUUGAAUGUUUUGUUCAUUGUCUAAAAAAAUAGGCUCAUCAGGGCUCAUCACAGUCUAAUUAAGGAAACAAAUGCAUUGUGUUUUGUUUGUGAGUGUUUUUCCAUUUGUGACUCUUCUCUGCUACUGUGCUUAGUAGCUGCACUUCUUGUCACGUUACAGUCAAACUCGACAACGCCCGUUCUGAACAUGUCAGUCCAUCAUCUUUGUAGUAGAGGUCAUGUUGAUCAUUCAUUUGAAGAAUUUUCUCACUGCCCUGCUACAGGGCCAUGUAAGGGCUCUGCAUUCCACAAGUAAAAAUUACAAGAUCAUGUUUCUUAGUUUGGAGGUACAUGUGUAGCAAAAUAAAGCUUGUUGAAGUCUGCACACUAGGUUUGACCAAUUUAGACUUUUGAUGACCAAUAUUAAUGUUGUUACAUCAGAGCUGCAGACAGCUACGUCGAAAUAAUUAAAUUUGACAAAAUUUGACUUCCAAUAUUUCAGGAUGUUAAACCUCCUAAAGCAGCUUCGACACUAAAACUCUCCAUUGAAACUAAUGAGACUAAUGAAAUUCCUGUUUGACUAGUAUUCCUUACGUGGCUUUGUCUGGAAAUUGAUGCUUUAGAACUUUCCUUUGAGUUUUUAAAGCAGCACAAUCCAAUUUUCAAUUCUUGCUGGCAGAGAUUUGAUGAAAAAGAGACUUGAUUUGCUGUUCGUGUGUAAAUGCAGUUUUUGUCGAAUCUAGACUGAAAUUAGCACAGUCUGCACAGCAAGUUCAUUUGACUGGCUGAAGGAACUAAUACCAGUUUAGGAAACUGUAUGAGUGUUGAGUUUGCUUUAGUCAGACCUUGGGCAUCAUCUGCCCAACAGAAGGCCUCAGAGGUUUUAUAUUAGACAAAAGGACACUAGGUCCUCCUGAGGUCCCUAUGCUGUUGCACUACUGCUUCAUCCCAGUAGGAAUUCUUAAGGAAAUGUUGCAUGGCAGAUUGGUGUUCUAUAAUGAGUGCAACUGAAAAGUGUGUUAUUCCUUUAGUGUUGUUCAUAGUAUUCUUAACAAGUGACGGCAUUUAAACCAUAUGCUGUGUCUGUCUUAUACAGCGCACCCAGCAGGUGCAUGUGGUUUCUAUGAAGUAAAUGUCGGUGUUAUUGAGUGUAUGUGUGUGUGUGAGAGAGAGAGAGAGAGAGAGCGUGGGUGUGUGUGUCAGAGAGAGAGAGUGUGAUUGCAUAUGCACUAGUACAUAUGUAAACUUCUGUCAUGUGUUUUAUGUGUGCAUUUGCAAGUGUUAGUAUGUGUGUGUUUAUAUUUGUGUGCCUGCCUAAUACUGUAAGUGACCUCUUCUGUAUUAUAUUCCUAGUGGCUGUUUUUUUUUCUUAUGUAGAGGCCAGUAUCGCCUCAACUCUUAAUUCCCUUUAUUACUGAUGUCAUUUGUACCUUCUUCUUAAAGAAAGACACUGUAAAUAGAAACUUCAAGACCAAAAUACACAUGUCACACAUGUGCCUUGAUGCAUUCAGUAGUAUGUGUAUUGGUAACUCUUAACUAACUGGACUUACAGUAACUCUAUAAACAUGACAUUGAAAUCUUUGUUUCAUGCUACCCUUUAUUAUUUACCUGUAUGUGUUAUUUUUCCUUUACAUUUCCUACCAUUUGUAUGUAUAGAAAGAUUGUCUAUUUUGUACUGUUAUUUUUGUCUUUUUCUCUUGAUUAAAAAAAAUUACUUCCA